CCAACCAUCUUCGAAAUGCGGCCCAUGACGAGCCCACCUCUCCUCUCGCCCUCCUCCUCCUCCUCCCGUCUCCUCCUCCUCCGCCUCCUCCUCUCCCGCCGCCGGAGCCCCGCCUCGCGCUCCCCUCCUCCUCCCCUCCGCCGCCGCCUCCCUCUCCUCGCUGCCUCCAUGUCCUCCUCCUCCUCCACCGCCGCCACCAGAAACCCCGGCUCCGUCGUCGCCGACGCCGACGGCCUCGCCCGCAAGGUCGCCGCCAUCCGCGCCGCCGGCCCCGCUAAGCUCCAGGUCAUCGCGGACUUCGACGGCACGCUCACGCGGUACUGGUACGACGGCUCCCGCGGCCAGAGCAGCCAUGGGUUGCUGAGGCAGGGGAACGAGGAGUACGACGCCAAGAGGGAGGAGCUGUUCGAGCACUACCACCCCAUCGAGAUCUGCCCCGACAUCCCGCUCCCCGAGAAGGCCAAGCUCAUGGAAGAAUGGUGGGAGAAGACACAUGCUCUCCUUAUCGAAGGUGGACUUACAUAUGAAGCUAUAAGGCAAUCUGUGGCUGAUGCUAAAAUCACUUUUAGAGAUGGAGUGGUGAAGCUCUUUGAGUUCUUGGAGGAGAGAGAUAUUCCAGUAUUAGUAUUUUCUGCUGGACUUGCAGACAUAAUUGAGGAGGUCUUCCGGCAGAAACUCCACAGAUCAUUCAAGAACAUUAAGGUUGUGUCCAACAGGAUGGUCUUCAAUGAAGAAGGUCGUCUUGUUUCAUUUAAAGGAAAGACUAUUCAUGUUCUAAACAAAAAUGAGCAUGCCUUGGACAUGGCAGCUCCAGUGCAUGACAAUUUGGGUGAUCCAAAUGGAUAUACUGAUGACUAUUCGUUGGUGAAGAAGAGGACCAAUGUGCUUCUCCUUGGAGAUCACAUUGGCGACCUUGGAAUGUCUGAUGGUCUAAACUAUGAAAACAGGAUUGCUGUUGGAUUUCUGAACAACAACAUCGAGAAAUCUCUAAAAGAUUACUCCGAGGCAUUUGAUAUUGUCUACUUGAAUGACGCGCCAAUGGUGGGAGUUGUUGAGCUUGUAUCUGAACUAUGUCCUUAACCAAAUGAUGUUUUGCUGAGCUUAGAAGCCGCAUCCGCCUCCCGCUCUUGCUGAAAUCUGGGAAUCCUAUUCCCCACUUCACUAACCGGCUGGGUUUGUUCAAUAAGAAGCAAUUUUGUACAGGCUUGACAUCAAGCAAGCCAAGCAGCCUUUUGAACCAAUAUCUCCUUAAGCCAAUCCAAACUUGUAUGAAGUCCAGAACACAUUUGUGAAAUGGAAUUUCAAAUUUGGUUUUGGUCCUCAGAAA